GCAAAUAAAACUCCCAAUUACCCACCCCUUAUUAUAGGUGGCGCUCACAACGAUUAGGUUCAACGCUAUUCUCGCCUCCGCGACUGAAGAUCACUUUCACUUUAACCUUCAAUCGUAAUUCGCUUCGCAGAUUCCUUUAAACAUUAUACAUAAUGGCUGAUUACGGAUCGUGGUGCCUCAAAGAUAUAAGAGACGAAUUGCGUCGACGGAAUGCGCGAGUCUCCGGUCGGAAAAGAGAGCUUGUCGAAAGACUAGAAGCUUAUGACAGAAACAGUAAUUUUGGUAGCAGUGAGAAUGUUGAGAGAGAAUAUGAAAUGAAAGUGCCCUGCUAUGAGCAGUACAAAGAUAUUAACAAAGACACACAAUUUACACCUGUAAAGAAAGAAGCUAUUGCUGCAUAUUUAGGGAAAAUGGGGAAAAGUGUGGAUGAUCAUGUGAAGUAUAUAUAUGAGAGCAAGUUUCUGAAAUAUGUGCGAUUGGCGUGUGAUGUUGGUUUGUUUUUUGUGAGAGCUGAAUGUCAUGCAGAGAUGAAGAAAAGCAUUUCAUACAAAGUGGAUGUCUGUGUGGAUGUAGAUGGAUGUAUUGUGCAAUGCCAGUGUGAAUGUGCUGCAGGGAUGGGCCCAUCUGCUGUGUGUAAGCAUGUAUCUACUGUGUUGUUUGGUUUACAAAUGUUUAGCGAGUGUGGAGACAUAGUAACAGAAGAAACAUGUACUCAAAACCUACAAACAUUUCAUCAUACCAAACGUUAUAAGGGUAGCCCCAUCAAGGCCAAAGACUUACCAUUGGCUAACCAAGACCUUAAUGUCAUUUUUGAACCUCGACCAAGAGAAUUUCAAAAUGCUGCUGGACAUCAAGACAUUUUCAGAAAUGUGUGGUUAAAUCACUUAAAUCUUGAUUAUUUCCCUGUGUCUCAGCUAUUUUCAUAUGCCAACAAAGUGGCUUUAAACAAUGACCAUGACUAUCUACAAGGUUCUCUUUCCGACAACUGGCUUCGGAAUAUGAAUAUUACUGCCAUAACUGACAAUGAAAUAAUGCGGACGGAAAGACAGACAUGUGGACAAAGUAACAAUAAAUUAUGGCAUACUGAACGUCAAAAGAGAAUUCAUUCCUCUAACUUUGGAAAAAUUUGUAAAGCAACUGAGAAAACUGAUCUAAACAAAGUUGCCAAAAAUUUGACAAAACAUAGCCCCCAAUUAUUUGCCCCUGCUAUUUUACAUGGCAAAUGCUAUGAAUCAGUUGCUUUACAGGAAUUUCAAGAAAAAUCUGGUAUUCAAACCAAAAAGUGUGGUAUUUUUGUGUCUAAAUCACAUCCUUACUUGGCUGCAUCUCCUGAUGCAGUCAUUGAUGACAACAGAUUAGUUGAAAUCAAAUGUCCCUAUUCAGCAAAAAACAAAGAAAUAUCAGAGGAAACUGUACCUUAUCUUAAUUAUGUUAAUGACACCUUAGAGCUUGACAAUUCUCAUGAUUAUUACUAUCAAGUGCAAGGACAGCUCUUCUGUUCUGGAAGGAAGGAAUGUACAUUUAUUGUUUAUACUUUAAAAGACAUAAAAACAGUUACAAUACUUAGAGAUGAACAUUUUAUUGAAAACAUGCUCAAGAAAUUGAAAGAAUUCUUUGAGACUCAUUUCAAGAAAGCUGUUUUGAAUAGGUUUUUUUUCCAACAAAUGGAUUAAAUGCUGAGAUGUGCCUUAUUGAGUUCUUGUGGAAUUCUUGGUAUACAUUAGACUUCCCUGUAUAUUAGUUGAACAUAAAACUCUGACUGUACACUAGAUUGAAAUAUGCAGCACUUACAAAUUGGAUACAUUUUCAGUGCACAAUUGUUUAUAAAAAGUGUUUUUUGAUAAUAAAAAAUUUCAAUCUAUAAAUAUGUGAUACUUUUUGUUUUCAGCAAAAAACUGAAAGUUUUCAACUUGAAUAGGGGUGUAUUUAUGCAUGUUUAGGGACAAUGCACUUUCGAAAAUUGCACAUAAUAAAACACACAUAAGAAAUUUCACUUGCUAAUUUUGUUUCCGUAGAGUUGAGGGGUCCUUUUAAUAUCUUAUAUGUUUUCGCAAGCCCUAUCAACCUCUCAAUGUGAACACGUUUGCUUGAAAUUUUUCUGUCUCUUAAAACAGUUUUAUUAGACAUACGGUUUUUUUUCUUAAAGAAUGUGGGAAUGUUCACCUUAACAUCCUUUGGGGCAAACAAAUCCUGGACAUUGAAUCCUUUGUCUGACAUAAUCGAGUC